AUGAAACCUAUCAAAGAACCACUUACAAGCAGUAAUUUUAUUCACAUAGGAAUUCCAGCAGAAAUUAAUUUUCCAAGUGCAAACAUUAAAGAAACAAUUGUUGGGGUAUUUCAUAUUUUUAAUCCUAAAGAUAAUCCGGUAUCAUGGAGCCUUAAACCAGCUUCAGUUGCCACAUUUCGGCGAUUGGGGACAUCAACAACAGCAGCAAUCAAAUUAGAUGAAGAAGUUUUUUCAGUCAGGAGACCAUCAGGAUACUUGAAAGCAAAAAAUGCAGUAAGGGUAGAUGUUCAUUUUCUUCCAACAGGUGUUGGUACAUAUAUGCAAACAUUUGUUUUGGAGGAUGCAGCAGAUGGUGAAGCAACAAGUGCAGUCGGAAUGAAAUUUCAAGGAAUUGCAACAGAGAAUACAUUCAGCGCACUUCUACAAAAAAAAAGGUUACCAAGAAAAGAGUUGAAAUUUGAAGUUGAAGGAACAGAGUUAAAAAUGCCACCAACCAGAAUAGGAAGGCAGAGAACAAUGGGAAUAAAAAUCAUAAAUGUAUCAAAAGAAUCAAUAAGACUUAAUUGUAAAUGUGAAACUAUAUCUGGACCUGGAGGAAAAUUUGUUUUAUCAAUUGCUAUGAAUACUGUAAUAGUAAAAGCUGAUGGGUUUGCAGUAAUUCUUGUACGUUUCCAACCAAAAACAUCUGGAGAAGUUAAAGGUGUAGUGACAAUACAAUCACUUGGAAGUGCAGAGGUUAAGGUGGAUGUUAUUGCAAAAGGAAUCAGAGAAACAAGCCUUAAGAUGAAAUACUAG